GAUGUCAUGAGUCGACCUGUAAAUCACCCUCAAUACUGAGUACUCAUUUCGCGGGGUACUUUAUUUACGUAAUGGAACUCGGUGAAUAAAGGUUUUAAAUUUGGUGGUCGGAGAGGAAAUACUGUCAUCUUUUGCCAUAGUUCACAAUGGGUGAUGAUAAGGAAUGCAAGAAGGAAGACGGCAGGGAGACGUGGUACGGCUGGGGCGCCUUCAAACCAAGGUUCCUGCAAUGGUUCAACACCCUGGCGUGCUUCAUGACAUUCAUUGUCCUCGUGUACUUGACCAUGGGGUUUGCAUCUGGCUGGUCCGGAACAUCCUUGGAACAGUUAGAGAAACAGUUCCACCUGCGCAGCACCGUCAGCGCUACGCUAGGCACAGCCAACAGCCUCAGCAGCACCUGCACCAUAGCCUUCGUCAGCUACAUCGGCAGCAAGUUCAACAAGGCCAAGGCAUUAGCCUUCUCCGUGUCUCUGUAUGGGGUUGGUCUGGCUCUGUGUUCGCUGCCUCACUAUCUACUGGAGCCCUACAAACCUCCCAGCCAGGCAAUGUACAGCACGGAAAGGACGCCCAUCUGCCCGACCAACGUCUCCUCUCCCUCCAAUCACAGCUCAGUUCCAGCAGCACAAGGUGAAGGUCACAUGGUCUACUUCUCGAUCCUUCUGGUGGGCCAAGUACUGACGGGUAUCGGCAGUUCACCUAUCUUCACGCUCGGGUUUGCCUAUAUUGACAACAAUGCAUCAGUUACCAUGGCAGCAAUUCUUAUAGGAAUAUUGAACACUGUGGGAGUGAUUGGUGCAGCCUUGAGCGCCCUGGUUGGCGGGCGGAUUAUCCAAUACCUGUAUGUGGACUUUGACAGGGUGGAUACAGACAGCUUGUCGUUUGACUCCCUGGACCAACGUUGGGUUGGGGCGUGGUGGCUUGGGUACAUCGUGACUGGAAUCCUCAUCCUCAUCAUGUCCCUCCCCAUCUCUGGAUUCCCGAAAUAUUUCCCCAACAGUCCUCACAGAGAGGAAUUGGAGAAGAACACACAUGAGCAGGUCAAUAAAAACCUGUAUACCUAUCUCAAGAAAAGUGUUACCGACUUUUUCAAGGCGCUCUUUAAACUUAUAUUCGAUUUGGAAUUCAUGCUCAUCAGUGUAGCGUCAGCUAUAGAAGGUGUGGCUGUACACGGAAUGGCAAUGUUUGCCUUCAAGUUUAUUAACCAUGAAUAUGGUUUGGACUAUGAAACAACCGGAUAUAUACUAGGUUCAAAGGCUAUCAUUGGGUCGGUUGGCUACCUCCUGGCCGGGCUUCUGAUAAAGUGGUUCAAGCUGGACUUGCUGGGAAUGGAGAGAAUGGUCGCUGGUCUGCUCUUUGUUGCCACGGUGUGUGGCCUCACGCUCUUUGCUGCUUGUCCUGACAUCAAUAUGAUUGGCCUGGAUCUGCCCUACCCUGGAGACAGCGAAGUGUCAGGCUUCCUUGCUUCCUGUCAGGGUCAGUGCCAGUGUCAAGGUCAGGAGUUCAGUCCUGUUUGUAGCAGCGAUGGACUUGUCUACUUCUCACCCUGCCACGCGGGUUGUCUGGACAGUAGCAUGGAUGGCGAUGUGAUGACUUUCACCAACUGCAGCUGUAUAGCAGCUGGACUCAACACCAGUGUGACAGAUGCGCUGGCCACUGCGACCGCGGGCAAAUGUAGCACCGACUGCUGGCAGGUGUACCUCGUCAUGCCCUGCUUGUUUGUUGUCUACGUCACCAUCAUCACAUGCGCCACAUUCUCGGCUUUUACAACUCUCAGGUGUGUGGACCAAGAUCUCCAGGCAUUUGCGCUUAGUAUAAAGAUGAUAUUUAUGGCAGUAAUAGGAAGUAUUCCGGCAUCUGUGGUGGUGGGCGUGGUGGUAGACUCGGCCUGUGAGCUGUGGAGUGGGGAGGAAGGCGCCCAGUUCUGUCAGCUGUACGACAAGCAGGCCUUGGCUGUGGGAAUCGCCGUCAUGUGGCUCAGUGUCGGCCUCAUCGCUUGCAUCUUCAUGUUCCUGGCAUCACUUGUUAACCUGUGGAAGAAGAAGAGGAGGGCGGAGAAGAAGAGUACCGAAAUGAACGACGCUGGUAGUCGUGAUGAAAAACAAAACGGAGAUGCGAAGAGUGGUGUACAGGAAAGUUCGCCACAAUGAUAAGACUUGACACAUUCAAUUGUCCAUCAACUAUGAACGAUUUUGUGUGAUUUUAUAUGACAUCGGUGGACUCUAAACAUUACAAAGAUGCUGAAUACAAGACUACAGAAGAAACAGCUUAUGGUGUUGGUAAAAGUUCCCCAGAAUGACACUAGGGAUAUACAUGGAGAACGUUACAGACGUAGCUUGACUAACAUCUAGUCUCUGAAAUGGGCAUAUUUUACAGAAAACUACAUUGUUCAAUUAUCUUAAUAUAAUGUGAUAAAAAGGAGCCAAGAGCAGUAAUCUAGACUUACCCACUAUUAUAGACUUGCAUGGGCUGUAUUGGAUACAUUUGUUACAGGGUCUGUAUGUAAGACAGACUAAGAUGUAGCUGUCCUUUCACAAACAAUUAUGCUUAUGAUUAUCAAAUAUUUUAUGUACCUGCUCAGUAUGUGGCCAAAUAAAAAGCUGCUUUCAUCA